AUGAGGGAAGAUGAUCCCAUUGUGAGUGAAGGACGAGGUUAUGCCCUGAAAGAGGCGAAUGGAGGGCAGGAGGAAGAGCUCCACAAGCCCAAACAGAAGAAAGAGAGACACGGAGCGAGGGAAUGGUCAGAAAGGAAGAAUCUCAAACUUUGCAGCAACAGUGAGAGCCUCAAUGACCUUUUGCCUGAGUUUAUGGACAGAAGCUUCCAGAACCGGGUGAAGGAGAUGAGAGGGAGAGGGGAACUGAAUGUGCCUAAACCAUGUCAAAGACUGGACUCCCAUAAACCAGCUGCAGUGAUCGCUGAAGGGAGCCCUGCACAGCCUCCCAGUACAGUUUCCCCAACAUUCCCGCUGUCUCCUCAGUCUCCCAGUCAAAUCCGUACCGCAUUCCCACCAUUCCCAGAGUGUCCCGGUCCAUCUGAGCUCAGGCUCGUCCUGCUGGGAGAGAGCUGGGCCUCCAACAGCUCGGCUGGAAACAGCAUCUUGGGUGGACAGGAGGCCCAGACAGAGAGAGGCACAGUGAGGCGAGGGCAGGCAGCCGGGCGGCGGGUCGCUCUGGUGGAAGUGACAGGGCCCAAGUGGUACCUUGGGGACGGGGCCGCAGGUCACGCCCUGCAGAGGGCAGCUCUGUGCCCCCCAGGGCCCCACGCCUUCCUCCUGGUCGUCCCCGCGUAUCUCUCUUUCACAGCCGGCUACGGCCGGGCGGUAAGGCUCAACAUGGCCGCCUUCGGCACGCGGGUGUGGAGGCACACGCUGGUGCUCUUCACCUGGGCGGAGGCUUUGGGGGAGAGCGUCGAGCGGCACAUUCUGAGGAGCCAGGGCCUCCGCAGGCUGGUGCACAGGUGCGGGAACAGGUACCACGCCCUACACAGCCGGAGGAAUGCCCGUCACGUCUCCCAGCUGCUGGAGAAGGUGGAGGAGAUGGUGGCGUCAAACCAGGGCUGA